UGUUUCUACUCUACAUCGAAAUAUAAAUAAGUUUGAUGCUAGGGCAAAGCCUUGUGUUUUUCUAGGAUAUCCUAAUGGCAUUAAGGGAUAUAAACUUUAUGAUCUUACUUCCAAAACUCAGGUUAUAUCUCGAGAUGUUCAUUUUCAUGAGUCUGUUUUUCCUUUUGCUUAUCCUCAUCACUUCAAUUCUGAUGGUUACUUUGUGAUUCUACAUUCCUUGUCUGAUAUUCCAACUCCCACUAGUUCAAUUCCUGUUUCUGCAUCAGAAAAUCUACCUACAACUUCCAUUUCUCCUGUUUCAUCUUCUGCAGUUGAUCCUUUACCUGAUUCAAUUGCUUCUUUACCUGAGUUAUCCAAUGUUUCAGUUCCUCCUUGUAUUCCUUCCAGAAAGUCUACUCUGCAGAAAUGUAUUCGCUUUCCACUCAAUUCUUUCCUUGAUUACAAUAUGCUUUCUGAUUCUUACAAACACUUUAGUUUGGCUGUCUCAUCCCAAGUUGAGCCUCAGUUUUUUCAUCAAGCUGUAUCUUCUCCUAAAUGGCAUGAGGCCAUGGCAACUGAAAUCAAUGCCCUUGAAGCAAAUGAUACUUGGGAAAUUACUGAUCUGCCUCCUGAUAAGCACCCUAUAGGGUGCAAGUGAGUUUAUAAAAUCAAAUAUCGAGCGAGCCAAUGGGGAAGUUGAGAGGUAUAAAGCUCGUUUGGUUGCAAAAGGGUAUACUCAAAGAGAGGGUCUUGAUUAUAGUGAUACAUUUUCUCCAGUUGCCAAAUUAACCACAGUGAGAUGUCUUCUAGCUUUAGCAGCAAUCCAUAAUUGGCAUCUUCAUCAAUUGGAUGUCAAUAAUGCAUUUCUGCAUAGAUCCCUUGAUGAGGAGAAUUUUAUGAAGUUACCUCCUGGUUUUGGUUUGAAAGAUUCAUCUAAAGUUUGCAAGCUUAAGAAAUCACUUUAUGGUCUUAAACAAGCCUCAAGGCAGUGGUUUUCUAAAUUCUCUUCUACCCUUAUACAGCAUGGUUUUACUCAAUCCAUGUCUGAUUACUCUCUUUUGACUCAAGUAAAGAAAACCUCUUUUAUUAUUCUACUUGUAUAUGUAGACGAUAUUGUCAUAGCAAGUAAUGACAAUCUAGCUAUAGAAGAGCUUACAACAUUUCUCAAUUCUGUUUUUAGUUUGAAAGACCUUGGAGAAUUGAAGUUUUUCUUAGGGCUUGAAAUUGCAAGAAGUGCAAAGGGCAUUUCCUUAUCACAGAGGAAAUAUGCCUUAGAAGUUUUAGAUGAUUGUGGAAUGCUUGCAUGCAAACCCUCUUCUGUUCCUAUGGAAGCUAAUUUCAAGUUGUCUAGAGAAGAAGGUGAAUUGAUUUCUGAUCCAACCAUUUACAAAAGACUUGUGGGAAAGCUGGUUUAUCUUACAAUUACAAGGCCAGAUUUAUCAUAUUCUAUGCAAUUGUUAAGUCAGUUCAUGGAUUCUCCUCGUCAGCCUCAUCUUGAUGUUGCACACAAGGUCCUUAGGUACAUUAAAUCCUCUCCUGGACAGGGCAUUUUCUUCUCAGCUUCUUCAGAAUUACAUUUGAAGGCAUUUUGUGAUUCUGAUUGGGCCGGAUGCCCUGAUAGUCGCAGAUCAGUCACAAGGUUUUGUAUUUGUCUAGGAGAUUCCCUCAUCUCUUAGAAAUCCAAGAAGCAACAUACGGUCUCAAGAUCCUCUGCUGAGGCAGAGUAUCGAUCCAUGGCUGCUGUCACUUGUGAGCUUACUUGGUUAUAUGCUUUACUAAAAGAUUUGCAACUUCAACUUCAUCAACCAGCUUUGGUUUUUUGUGAUAGUCAAGCAGCUAUUCAUAUUGCUGCAAAUCCUGUCUUCCAUGAACACACCAAGCACAUCAAAAUUGAUUGUCACAUUGUGAGAGAGAAAAUUGUUACUGGUUACAUGUCCAGUCCAAGCAUCAGCUGGCUGACUUACUUACCAAGCCUCUCUCUCGCACAGAUUUUCAUUCUCUGUUGUCCAAGUUGAAUGUCAUCAAUAUCUUCCAUCCUACUGAACAUUCCACUUGAGGGGGCGUAUCAAACUGUAUUAAACUAAUCUAUUUGGUUAGUUUUACAGUUUAGGAAGAUGAUUAGAUAGCAGCUGGUUAGUUAUUCUUCAUGCACGUGUGCAUCACAUGUAAUGAAAGCAGUUAGAUUAGUUUCUGAUUAGUUAGCUUGAUAAUCUUGUAUAAAAACAGAGUUCAAUGUAAUCACAUAUACAUUCAUUCAUUCAAUAAGAAAAGAGAAUUAGUUCUUCUCUCUGUUUUCUUGUUAGACCCAUUUCUAACAUGGUA